UGUUCAAACACAGAGAAAAACUCCUGCUGAAGCGACUGAUCUCCACACUGUUAUAAAGAUGGCGUUUAUUAAAGAGGAGAGUGAAGAUGUGAAGAUUGAAGAAACAUUCACAGUCAAACAGGAAGAUCUGCAGGAACAAACAGACCUAAUUGAAGAGAAUGAGGGGAGUAAAGAGGAGGAACAUCAUGUCAAAAUUGAGGAAAAAACUCAUUUACAGACUGAUAGUAUUUUGAAAAGGAAGGACAAGAAUCGUUUCACCUGCACCUGCACUCAGUGUGGAAAGAGUUUUGGAAGAAAAGGCAGUCUUAAAAUUCACAUGAUGAUCCACACUGGAGAGAAACCAUUCACAUGCACUCAUUGUGGAAAAAGUUUCAGCCAAUUAUCAUCCCUUAAUCAACACAUGAGGAUCCACACUGGAGAGAAACCAUUCACUUGCACUCAGUGUGGGAAGAGUUUCAGCCAAUCAUCAUCCCUUAAUCUACACAUGAUGAGCCACACUGGAGAGAAACCAUUCACUUGCACUCAGUGUGGGAGAAGUUUCAUCCAAUCAUCAGACCUUAAUAAACACAUGAAGACCCACACUGGAGAGAAACCAUUCUCAUGCACUCAGUGUGGGAAGAGUUUCAGCCAAUCAUCAUCCCUUAAUCCACACAUGAUGGGCCACACUGGAGAGAAACCAUUCACAUGCACUCAGUGUGGAAAAAAAUUUCACUGCUCUUCACACCUUAAUCUACACAUGAGGAUCCACACUGGAGAGAAACCAUUCACUUGCACUCAGUGUGGGAGGAGUUUCAGCCAAUCAUCAGACCUUAAUAAACACUCGAAGACCCACACUGGAGAGAAACCGUUCACAUGCACUCAGUGUGGGAAAAGUUUUCACUGCUCUUCACACCUUAAUCAACACAUGAGGAUCCACACUGGAGAGAAACCAUUCACUUGCACUCAGUGUGGGAGGAGUUUCAGCCAAUCAUCAUCCCUUGAUCAACACAUGAGGAUCCACACUGGAGAGAAACCAUUCACUUGCACUCAGUGUGGGAGGAGUUUCAGCCAAUCAUCAUCCCUUAAUCAACACAUGAGGAUCCACACUGGAGAGAAACCAUUCACUUGCACUCAGUGUGGGAAGAGUUUCAACCGAUCAGCAAACCUUAAUAAACACAGAAAGAUUCACACUGGUGUGAAUAUAUGAGCUCCAAAAUUGAAACUGCACCAGACAACUCACACUGGAGAGACAGUACACUUUGACAAGAGGUUUAUUCAGUUAACACAUCUGAAAACACAAAAGAGGAUUUAUACUGGAGAGAAACUGUACAGAUCUGAUCAGUGUCUACAGAGUUUCGCUCAUUCGGCGCAGCUUAAGAAACACAUGGACAAAAAGUUGCACACAUGACAUGAAUGCAGCAAAACACUUUCUCAUGUUCACAGGAUGU